GUUUUCCCAGGCUCUAAGAUGUAACGCGACUCGCACUAGUGACAAGCUGCAAUUGGCUCCUGGUGCUUUGUAGACUCGGAACUUUUCUAGAACCGCCCGCGCGCCAAACAUAGGGUGUGUUCAAAACACCUGAAGGAACCUUUCUAGAACCGCCCGCGCCCCCAAGCCGCACAGCCGCUCGCGCAUCAUACGCGACAUAGCCGGAUUCGCUCCUGACGCCGUGUUCUGAGGCUCCUACAUUCACUGUGCCUCUUAGCUACUUAGACUAAUAUUCGCGUUUUUGUUUAUCCCAUGGCGGACGCCCCUGGCGCAGCUGGCGCAGCUGGUGCUGGCGGAAGAGCUCCGGGGAGAGGACGCGGGCGCGGAAGGGGAAGGGGAAGGGCGCGCGGGGCCGCGGCGGAGGGGGGAGCGCAAGCGGGGAGAGGCGCAGACGCGGGGAGAGGCGCAGAAGCAGGGAGAGGCGCGGGGACGGCGCGAUUGGGCAGCGUAUCUGAUCCGAUCGGACGGCUGCAAGCAGCCGGGGGGGCGCAAGGGUUGAGGGUUCAGGAUUUGGGCGCAGCAGGUGGCGCAGUCUCCGCUUCCCCUUCCGCCAGGGCCGCCGUUUCCGCUUCCGCCGGUGCAGCUUCCGCCCCCAAGGCUGAGGCUCGGGAUGGUGGUUCGGCUUCUGCACCAGUAGGUUCGGCAGCUGCAGGUUCGGCGGCGGCAGCAGCAGCAGGAACGGUGGAAGGGGCAGCAGGUUUGCGGAAGCCCAAGUUCGUCCCCAAGGUGCCGGCGAGGCGAGCACAGAAGAAGGCAGUGAAGUCCGAGGAAGCAGCCGAGCAGGAGCUACCAGACGAGCUGCGAAAAAUACUGCUGCAAUCUCAAGCUGAUGCGUCCAAUGCCCCCAAACGAGCCUUCCAGGGUGCGGCCGUGCGUGUUGCCUUUGGCUUCGGCGCCUCAGCAGCAGCAGCAGGAAUCAUGGGCCCGUCCUCUAUGGGCAAAGGGGGCGGCGGUGGUGGUUGGGGAGGGGAAGGAGGGGGAGGAGGAGGGGGUGGGGGGGGAGGGGGAGGCGGAGGGGGAGGGGGUGGCGGAGGGGGAGGGGGCGGCGGAGGGGGAGGGGGUGGGGGAGGAGGAGGGGGAAUGAAGGAGGAGGGAGGGGUGCGAGUGAAAGCGGAAGGGGGGACUGUGGAUGGUGGCGGGAUGGGCGACUUUUUUGCUCCAGGUGGCUCUUUCCAAUUGGACGAAAAGAAGGCGAAGAAAAGAGACUCCAUGGACUACAACCGGUACUACCCCACAACGCUGCCUCUGCGCCCCCCAAACACCGGACCACCAGAUCUCCUAAACGAGGCUGAGUUUGGGGAGGAGGCUUUGGCACGGCCUUUCAACGAGGCCGCUGUGCCUUCAGCCACCGAACUAGGCCUAACCGCUCGUUCUGCUGCUGCUGGCGACUCUUCCGCUGAUGACCGGAUGAUUUUCUUCCAGCUGCCCGCCGCGCUGCCCGUGGUCCGGGAGCGGGCUGAGCCAGCGCCGGGUGAACCCGGGCCGUUGGAUGAGCUUUCUUCGCUGCCCGCCGGGCGGAUCGGAAAGAUCCUGGUUUAUGAUGAUGGGAGCGUGAAAAUGAAGCUUGGAGAAACAUUAUUUGAUUUACUAGCAGGCUCGCCCUGCAUUUUCCACCAGGAGCUAGCCGCUGUGAAUGCCUCAACUGCGGAGUGCCAUUUCCUGGGGGAUGUGAGGCAGAGGGCAGUUGUGGUGCCGGAUAUAGACUCGCUGCUCUGAUGAUGUUGAUGAUGAUGCUUUGUCCACCCAUGGUUGGAAUUAUGGCUGUAGCAGUACAACCUUCAACAAUUGCCUCAACUGCAGAGUGUCAUUCCCUGGGGGAUGUCAGGCAGAGGCCUGUUGUACCGGAUAUAGACUCCUAACAGAAAGAAAAUGAUUGUACUAGAAUGUGUGUGUACAAGGAUAUAUAGACUAAGGU